CCUCUGCGGGGUCCUAAGGCGGGAAUGGAGGAGCCGGAGCCGGCUGCGGGCUCCUCCCCGCGGCGCUUCACCUGGGAGGAGAUCGGGCUCCGCACGGGCCGGGGGCACCCGCAGCAGGAGCGGUGGCUGGUGAUCGACAGGAAGGUCUAUGACAUCAGCCAGUUCUACCGGCGGCACCCGGGGGGCGCCCGAGUCAUCAGCAGCUACGCGGGGCAGGACGCCACGGUUCCAACUAUCACAGCACCUUCUGGAGGUUGUGCUACUUGGUGGCUUCCACUCAAGUGAUGCUAGGAAUUUGACUCCUCCUUGGGGUUUCUUGAGGAUCAGCGGGUGCCUCUUUGUCAGUGGCUACCUGAAGCUGGGCAGAAUUUCAAUGUCUGAUCCCUUUGAAGCAUUUCACAUUGAUAAGGGGCUGGUGAGAAAGUAUAUGAGCUCAUUGCAGAUCGGGGAGCUGGCCCUGGAUCAACCAAGCUUUGAGCCCACCAAAAAUAAAUUGCUGGUAGAGGACUUCCGGGAGCUGCACACCACUGUUGAAAGGAUGGGACUCCUCAACCCCAACCACCUCUUCUUCUUCCUGCUUCUCCUGCACAUUCUGAUGCUGGAUGUUGCUGGAUGGUUUGUUCUUUGGUAUUUUGGGACAUCUUUAGUGCCUUUCCUCAUCUCUACAGUGCUGCUGACUAUUUCUCAGUCCCAGGCUGGUUUUCUGCAGCACGAUUUGGGGCACCUUUCAGUUUUCAGCAGUACCAAAUGGAACCACUUGGUUCACGAGUUUGUGAUGAGCCAUCUGAAGGGGCUUUCAGCACAGUGGUGGACUCUCCACCAUUCCCAGCACCAUGCCAAGCCCAACUGCUUCCAUAAGGACCCUGAUAUUGCAAUGCAUCCCUUCUUGUUUGCUUUGGGAAAGAUACUCUCUGUGGAGCUCGGCAUGAAGAAGAAGAAGUUUAUGCCUUACAAUCAUCAGCACAAGUAUUUCUUCGUCACUAUGCCCCUGCUUGUGGUUCCAGUGUUCCAGUUGUACUCCUUGUACUUCAUAUUCCAGCGCAAACUAUGGAGGGAACUAGCUUGGACUCUGACCUACUUCAUCCGAUUCUUUCUUUUCUUCGAGCCCUUACUGGGAGUAACGGGUGUCCUGGGAUUCCUCCUGCUACUCAACGUCCUAGAGAGUAUCUUGUUUACCUGGAUAUCACAAUUGAACCACAUCCCUAUGCACAUUGAUUAUGAUAACAAUAUGGACUGGUUCUCUACACAGCUCCAGGCGACAUGCAACGUGGAUCAGUCCCUGUUCAAUGACUGGUUAACUGGGCACCUGAACUUCCAAAUUGAGCAUCAUCUUUUUCCUCGGAUGCCACGACACAACUACUGGAAGGUGACCCCCCUGGUGAAGUCACUAUGUGCCAAACAUGGCAUCGAGUACCAGAGCAAGCCCCUGCUCACUGGCUUUGGAGAUAUUUUGCGCUCUCUGAAGGAUUCGGGGGAACUCUGGCUUGAUGCCUAUCUGCAUGGAUAAGCAGCAGCAGCUCCUAUGGAGGAGUUACCUGGGAUUGACUGCCAUGAAGAUGUAGUACACAGCAGGUUCAGGGAGAUGAGUGGGCCUAGUUGCUGCGGUGGGAGAGCUGUUGGGCUUAGUUUCAGUGUGAGUGUGGGGUUUUAUGAUACACUUUUUCUCCUAUUCUACCUCUGUAAGGUGUGGUAUGGGUAUAUGGGGACCACUAGAGGUUAACCUUACUAUGGGGAAAGUGGCUUUAGCAAUGGGAACAGCAGCCCUUCUCUCUGCUGACAUUUCCCUUGCUAUGUACGUGGCAGUGAAUCCUAUCCAACUUCUUCCUAGUGUGACAGAAUCAAAGUGAAAAUGGGGACAGUGUAAAUUCUGGGGAGAGAGAGAAUGUGGAGAAAAAAGGAGAAAAGCCAGUGCUGAGACAGACAAGGAAGAGCCUUUAAAGGCUACAAUAUACAUUUAAAAUCUAUCAACUAAGUAUGUAAGCCACAAAGUGGAUGCGAGACUGAAUAGUGUGGACAUGAGAUUAGAGGGGCCAAAACUCAGGGUGGGGAUGGAUACAAGACCAUAGAGGUGAAAACACCAAGCAGGAUUACCAUGAAACCAGAGGCAGUACACAAGAGCAUAGACAUGAGACUAGAGCUGAUAUGGCAUGUUCAGUGGACCCACUUAUGUGAGUGCCUUUUUGACUAUAUAUAUGUGUAAAACACGUAGAGAACCUCGAUCUCAGGUUAGUUGUCCAUUUGCAAUUUUUAGUGAAAAGAGUAUGAGCAGUUUCCCCCCUGCCUAAGGCAAGUUCAAGUGAAUAAAAGGGUUAAUUGAGCAAAUACUGAUAUUGCAUGCAUGAUAAGGAUAUACAUUAGUCCAGGGGAAUCCCCAGUCUAUUGGUUUAGGUAUUAAAAUACCUCUAGAGGUUUAGUUUAGGAGAAAGAGUCUUGCAAGACUCA